UCUCUGGCGCUACGUGCGGAUGGAUGGUUGUGUAACGGCUCGGUCUCCGCCCUGCAGCUUUAAAUACCUCCACACCGGGGCCGUUGCAUGGGUAAAUACACGGGGGUGUGUUGGUAGCACGGUUUGUUUCUCCACUCUGUGAAUACAGCUCAGUUUUGCCGACAUGGAGCUGGACCGGCGGCUGCUGCUGGCUCACUGCGCGGCUCAUGCCCUCUCGGUGGCGGCGGGUCUGCUGGUGGUCGUCCCCAUGGCCCUCAACGGCUCCGCGUUCAAAGGCCGCUGCGCCCUCUUCUCCACCGGCUACUGGAGGACCGAGCAGCGGCCCGAGCUGACGGGGCAGACCGGGGACGAGUCCCGCCUGGUGGUGCAGCAGUGGGGCCCGCCGGCAGCCUGCCAGUUCGGCACGUUCGUGGGUAUUUUCACGGUGCUGUACGGAGCCGCGCAGGGCUGGAGGUGUCUGCUGUAUCUGCACGGACGACAUGACGACACCCUGUUCUCGUCCUUCCUCACCGUCCUGCUGAGUGUGUGCGUCCUCUUCCUGUCUGGAGGCGCCAGCGUCCUCGUUUCUCUGGGAUUCAGCUCCUGGUGCGACACCGUGACCGAUGACAACACGCGGCCCUACAGCUGUGCAGAGUCCCAGUCUGUUCCACUUUACCUGGACGUGGACACUUCGUCUUUCUACACAGAGCUCAGCCUGGCUCAGGCGUCUCUGUGGUUCGUCACGGCUCUGUGGUUGGUUCAGUCCAUCCUGGCCUUCCUGCGGCUCUACCACUCCCACAGCCAACACAUCAGCGGCCCCUGUCUGCCCCGAGAGAAGGAGCUGCUGCUGGGCCACAGUCCGUCUGACAGCGGCUCCCCCUCACCUCCACAUCCUCCAGCAACGCCCACCGUCUUAGUCUGACCGGGAAGGGCACGAGGUAGUGGUACAAGACGUCACACUUAUAAUUUACACCUCAUUCUGUUCACUGUCACAACUGAUAACAUCGACUCUGCAGUUCUUACUUCAUAUUUUGAUAUUGUGCAUCAUCUUAUAUAACAGAGGCCAAACUAUUGUGUGUGUUUGCUAUCAACCAAUAGGCAGCAAGAAACUGCAGCACAAAAAUGCCAAAGAUAUAUUGGAGGUCUUUAUUUAAUUGUUCUCUGAUAACCACAUUUCAGGAAUAAAAGCUUUUCUACUGGGUGAUCUGUUAAAAUCUUAAAUGUCAAAAUGCUAUUGUCCUUUGAUAUACAUUAUCAUUCUGGCUAUAUUAUAUAAUUCGGAUGAGCAGAGCCAACAUCACUCACAUUACUUUAUUCUGCCAUCUGUUUUAUAGUCCGUCUAUAAAAAACCUAGACGUCCACAUGCUGCGGUUUGAGAGUAUUUCCACAUUCCUCAAAGUCUGUUCUAGCCUUUUGGAUCAAUAUUUAUUUAGUUCUCCGAACAAUAAAAAGAUUUUUAAUGAGUUUUCCAAGUCAUGAUUAUAUUUUCUGUCCAUAUAGCGAGAAAUGAUGCCAUCAUCAGGUCAUUAAAAGUGUCAACAGACUGUUAUCGCUGGCCAUUACAUUUACAUAAUGUCCAAUAUUAUCAGUCAUACAAGAGAUUGGUCUGGUUUAUAAGGUAAUGUACAAAGUAGAUUUGAAUGUGAUUUCACUUGUAACCAAAUGAAAAUUUUACAAAUAUAAAAUACAGCAGAGGAAGCUGAUUUAGGGUGAUUUAUUUCUGAAUGAUAUCAGAAUAACAGUUAAAAUUACAUAAAUUCAGCAUUGUGUAUCUACUUUCUUUGUGCGACAAGAGAUAAAAGAAAUGCAGUGUUUUGUAUGAAAUUAUACAGUAAUAUCUUUAAAGACAGAUAAAGACUUAAAAUAACUUGUUAUAAUUUUGGCUUAUGGUGCACAAAUGAAUUGAGACCAUGCGUUAUUUCCAGUUACAUUACUUAAAUAGAGUUACAGCUUGGAAAACUGGUUAAAGGUUUUUUAAAUAAUUUUAUUGGUAGAAACGUCAGAACAACCCUUAGUGUUGUUUAUCGAGUUUUCUGAUUUUUUUUAAAACUCUGGGGUAUUUAUUGUUUAGUUAAAGCUGCAGUAGGCAGAACUGUGGAAAAAGCAAAAUUAAAAAUAAAACACCAGAAUGUGAAAAUGUACAGCUCUCCCCCUGCAUCUCUCCUCUCUCUGUUCUUCCAUCAGACAAGUAAAGGCAUGUGUUGACACUUCAGACACACAAAAUAAGUCAAGUUAACUGUAAACACUCAUUUUCUGCUUCACACAGGUCUCAUUUGUAGUGUUCCUUAGUCUCCUUUCAAAGGCUACAUUUACUAAAGCCUGGAAACAGAGCAAAGAAGAGGUGCAGGAAUCUACUUUAUCUCUCAGAACACUUGAAUUACAAUAUGCUGAAAAGUUGGAAAAUGAAAAUUUUGCCCAUUGAUGCCAAAAAACAUUCCUUACUACAGCUUUAAAUGUUAAUGAGGGUAGAAACUACUUCUAUAUGAGAGAUGUGGCAUGAAAAUAACAGAUAACACUACUAAAAACUAGAGGACAGCUUACGAAGGUUCAAAAAUAGCAAACAGCUGUCAGAAUUAAGAAAGCUAAAAUGAGCCAAACCAUUCACCAGAGAGUUUACAGUAGAGUUGAAUUCAGUUUGAGGUACAGAGUUCUUUAAUAUGUGUGCAGCAGCAAACAUGAAGGCUUCAUUCCUGUGUCUGUUUGUACAGCAGCGGGUACAGGAUGUGUCUUGUGAUCUGCAAUUAUGGCUGAAAAUGAGCUGCGUGAAAUCAGUUUUCAAAGAUGUGACUGAUGUUUGUUCAGAAUGGCUUUAUAGAUAAACACAUGCCAAUGAUUUAAGUGAUGCUUAAAGAGAAAACGAUGAUGAGUUAAUGUUGAGUCCAGCAUGUGAAGAUGUUCAUGUGUAACAAUAAAGUGGUAGGAAGGAGGCAGCAGCCAGCCUUUAGGACUCAUAUCUAAAAUUAAACCCCAACUUCAGUCUAAACUUAACGCUGUCUUCUGCCACAAGGACAACAAUAGAAGCUGACAUCAGAAUAGCUGCAGUAUUCAGUGAUCUAAUAACCAUGGUGUUAUUUAGAGCUUAUUUUCUGUCGUGUUACUAUGAUUUUGUGAUUCAAAGCUUGAUAGUUCAUUGACAUCACUGAUGACUGCAAGAGCCCAGAUGGUGUUUUUUAUUCCAGCCUGUUGUGCACACAUAGUAUUUACCAUGCAUGGUUGUUUACAUUCCUGCUGGAGUUUGACAUUUUGCACAGUUGUGUCCUCAUCAGGGAGAAUACAUAUUUGUUCUGAGUGUAAUAUUCAGAUGGAGCACUGAGAUGCUUUUAUUGUGAAGCAUGUGGUGAGAGUGUGACUGAGCCACCAUGUUCGUGAAACAGGCUCACUGUGUGAGCAUGACCCGAAUGUUCUGUUGUGUAACAGGAAAAUGGCAGCUGAGCUUCUCUCUUCUUGUGACGAUUUUCACCAUGAUGCUGUUUGUGUGGAUGCAGCUGCUCGCAGGGCCUCGGCGAAGCAGUUAAAUCGAAAUGUUCAGCGACCAGAUAGUUUUUACACUGAGAGAGAUUUAUGUGGAGCCAAGCGGGGUCAAUUAAGAGGCAAGAAGUUAUUAUCUUUGCUGAGUUUUUGAAAUGAAUGAUUCAAAGUAGUUAAACUUUCUCCUGUUGUCAUCGAUUCGAACAGCUGUAAUGACACACAGACAGUGGAGCAGAAAAUCUGAAGCAGAGAGAUGAGACAGCGCUGUCCUAUGAGCUACUGUAAUAUAUGAAAAGUUUUUGUAUUUGAACUGACUGUCGUCUUGCUUUUUAACUCUUAUACUUGUUUGUUCUCAUUCAUAUUCAUGUUUUGUUGUUUUGAUUUGUCUUGUUUUCAAAUAAAACGCUUCCCAUUGCAAAAGA